AUGGAUAGUGGAAAUAAUAAACGUAAUAAUUGUCAUCACCAUGAUGUUACAACAAUGGUAGUUAAUGAUACAGAUGAUAUUGAUGAUAUGAAAUUUAUUAAAUUGGUUCAAAAACAAGAAAUAUUGUACGAUCGUAAAAGUCCACAUUUUACAAAUGAACAACAUAAGCAACAUGUAUGGAAGGAGAUUGCAAAUAAAUUUAAGUGUAAUGCUGCUGAUUGCAUGGCAAAAUGGAUGUUGUUACGACAGCGUUUUGUUCGUGAAAAAGAAAAAGAAAUUGAACGGGAAAUGAAAUCGCGCAAAUUAUUUGUAUGUGCUGAUGAAAUUAAGUCAACGUGGAAGUAUAUGGAAGUUAUGCGUUUUAUGGAGCCGCAUGUUACUCUAAGAGUUCCAUCUUCAAUGGCAAUGCACUUACCCGAGCGUUUUACAGCGGUAUCCAAACAAUCUGAGCAAAAAUUACAGGGGCACGAUGCAACAUUGGAAGAACAAACACAAAAGUAUAAACCAAAAUCACCAAAUAAACCUGAAUCUAAAGGAGGUUGCCGAAAACAUGCAGUAUCUGAAAUGUCAAACAUACAACAAUGUCAAAACGAAGCACAGCAACAAUUACGCCAACAACAACAAAAAACACAAAACCAGGUGGCUGAACCGGAAAAGGAUCAACAAAAGGAAAUAAAUAUAUUACUUGAUAACAAAGAAGCAAUAGAAAACUCUAAAAAAAAGAGUAUGUUAACGUCAUUUUUGAUGGCAAAACAGAAUCGUAUGAAAAACGUGGGUGAAAGUUUGAAAAUAAGUCGUAAGUAUGAAUCAAGCAAACAAACUCAAUAUUGUCAGCCAUUAAUACAAGAAGAUAUGGAAAUAAGCAAUACGCAUAAUAAUACUCUCCCAAUACAAACGCAAUCAAUGCUCGUUUCAAAUUCAGCACCAAAUUCACUUAAUGCUGUUUCUAUAAGGAAAAAAUCUCCAAGACAUGAUGCAACAUUAACACAACAACAUUUUACUCCAGAAAGUUGUUAUUCCACCCCACAACAGCAUGCUCAAAAAUCUGCUACCAUGCCCGUUCAAUAUCCUCCACGUGUACUAUCAGAACAAACCUCAGCGACGCAAACAUUGCCAUUGAUUCACGAGGAAGAUAAAAAUGUUGCGAACCUUACGACAAUGGUAUCUAAAUUAAUUGACAUUGUACAAAAUGUCAAUAAAACUCAAAACGAAUUGUUAGAUGUUAGACGCAGUUCGAUCGUAAAUAAUAGUAGUUGUGGUAGUAGACAUAAACCGCGAUUUGGUUCCAUGUCACAUAAAUUAAAUGAGUCUGGGGCAUCAAUAGCAACAAAUUUCCCAUCAUCAUCGUUUAAUGGUGAAUCAUUUACAUCAGAGGAGUUAUUUGGACGUUUAAUUGCAUCAGAAAUUUCGCAUUUAGAUUCAGAAGUAUUAGUUAAUAAUGCGAAAUUAUUAAUAUUAAAAAUUAUUUAUAAAUUACGCUUGGGUGAAAAUGUAACGAUACAUUAG